CCGAAAGCACCCAUUGAGCGUGACAAACCCCAUCCUCAACCCCAUCGCAAAUCCACCUCCUCCGCCUCCUCCACUCUCUCCAACCUCGCUCUUCUUCCCCUGUAUAUUCCCUUUUCUGCCAUGUAUAAUACCGUGUGAACUUUCUUCACACUCACUCCUACUCACCGACUGGAACCCCUGUCUCUACCUUCACCCUCCUUCCGCGCUCCGCUUCACACGACAAACGGAGCACAUCGCCAUCCUUCUUCCUAAUCACACCGCAACAGCCUCGAAACACCACCGUCGCUACCCUACCACCCUCUCCCGCAACCGACACUGCAGUGUCACAAGCUCUCCAUCAUGGCCUCCGUCACGGAGAAGGUCAAGGAGAGCCUCGUCGGCGCAGAGGACCUCCAGACCUCCACGCAGGUACAAGCAGAGUUCAUGCAGUAUGCUGCCAAGGAUGAAGAGAGCGGAGAGUACUACAUGACCCAGCACGAAUUUGUGGAAGCCAUUGCGCCGGAGAAUGAAGACUACCACAAAAUCCAGAGAGAGCAAUACAUUGUGCUCUUCGACAUCGCCGACCGCCGUCACCAGGGUCGCAUCACCCUGCAAGACUGGAAUGUCUUCAACAACCUCCUCCUCAAACCCGACGCCGAAUACGAAAUCGCCUUUCGACUCUUCGCCGACCCGGCCACCGGCCACGUUAACUUCGAGGACUUUAAGCAGGUCUACGCAGCAAACAAGACUGGUAUUCCCUUCAACUGGGACGGCGAUUGGGCGAAGCUGUACGUGGGUGGGAGGAAAAACAGACACUCCAUGACAUACCCGCAAUUCGCGCAGAUGCUUCGUGGUCUGCAAGGAGAGCGCAUUCGCCAGGCAUUCUUGCACUUUGACAAGAACGGAGACGGCUACAUCGAGCCCGAAGACUUCCAACGCAUCAUCCAAGAAACGGCAUCGCACAAGCUCUCCGACCAUCUCCUGCAAAACCUACCGACCCUCUGCAACAUCAGCUCUGGGUCCAAGAUCAGCUACGCCAACGUGCGCGCCUUCCAGAAUGUUAUCAGCCAGAUGGACUUGGUGGAGCUCAUUGUGCGCAACGCCAUUUCCAAGUCUGCCGACGGCAAGGUCACCCGCGUCGACUUCUUGAACGAGGCUGCCCGCAUCACACGCUUCACCCUCUUCACGCCCAUGGAAGCCGACAUUCUCUUCCACUUUGCAUCUCUCGACCAGCCGGCCGGUAGACUGGGCCUGUCCGACUUCGCGCGAGUGUUGGAUGCGAGCUGGCAUUCUGGCCCGAGCGGUUAUGAGGCGCCGUUCCAGAAUCCCCUCCCCACCAUCGCGCAGAAGCGUGUCGCGGGCUCCGAGAGCUUCCUCCACGACAUCGCCAUCUCCGCCCACCACUUCGCCCUCGGUAGUAUCGCCGGUGCCUUCGGUGCUUUCAUGGUCUACCCCAUCGAUCUCGUCAAGACGCGCAUGCAGAACCAGCGCAAAGGACGCGUUGGCCAGGUGCUCUACAAGAAUAGUAUCGAUUGCUUCCAAAAGGUCGUUCGUAACGAGGGUUUCCGCGGCCUCUACUCUGGUGUGCUGCCCCAACUCGUUGGUGUCGCUCCCGAAAAGGCCAUCAAACUUACCGUCAACGACCUGGUGCGCGGCAAAUUCACCAACAUCAAGGACGGCAGCAUCCCCUUACCCGCUGAGGUCCUUGCCGGUGCCUCGGCCGGUAUGUGCCAGGUCGUCUUCACCAAUCCCCUCGAGAUCGUCAAGAUCCGCCUCCAGGUCCAGGGGGAGGCUGCGAAAGCAGCAGCGCGCGAUGGCGAGGAGUUCACCAAACGCUCCGCCCUGUGGAUCGUGCGCAACCUGGGUCUCAAGGGACUCUACAAAGGCGCAUCAGCUUGCUUGCUACGCGACAUCCCUUUUAGCGCCAUCUAUUUCCCGUCGUACAGCCACCUGAAGCGCGACUUUUUCGGCGAGUCGACGACGAAGAAACUCGGCAUCCUGCAGCUCCUCACCGCCGGCGCCAUCGCAGGCAUGCCCGCCGCGUACCUCACCACGCCCUGCGACGUCAUCAAAACCCGCCUGCAAGUCGAGGCGCGCAAAGGCGACACCUCCUACUCCGGCCUGCGCGACGCAGCGACCAAAGUCUUCCGCGAAGAGGGCUUCCAAGCCUUCUUCAAAGGCGGCGCGGCGCGCGUCCUCCGCUCCUCGCCGCAGUUCGGCUUCACGCUCGCGGGCUACGAGUUGCUGCAGGGCUUGCUCCCCAUGCCGGGCGAGCACCUUCCGCAGGAGGAAAUCACGCCGGCCGAGCGCCCUGCUACGGGACUGCAGGAGGCGCGCUCCCCGAUGCCGUAUUUGCGCAGUCGCAAUGCGUUGAAGAUUAUUCUGGACUUGGAUCUGGGGUUCGGCAAGGUGAAGCCUGUGCCUUCUAAUGGGAAUGGGUUGUUGGGGGCUCUGGGGCUCAAGAAGCAGGAGAACUGAGGCUGUUGAAGAAAUGAAGACUGACGCACCGAGCGGGGGUGAGUGAGGAUACGGAUGCGAAGGGGAAAGCAUGCGAAGGAACAGGUCGACGAGAUGAUGAUAAUCGGGAGGGGAAGUGGACUUCUGCUGUUUUUUGCAUAGCGAACCCGGCGUUUCACGGUUUGCGUGCAUGCAUACAACGCCUAGCGACGAAUGGGUAUGCUGGGGCAGGAAAAGAUGACUGCGGGUUCUGCUUUAUACACGUGCAUGCCACUUGCUGUGGUGUUGAUGGGCAGCCUACGGACGGUAAUAGAGUUGCUUUUGCACUUCACUCUUGGCGUUGAUAGAUUAUGUGGAAGAGCU